CGUCGAAAGGCAUCAACAGAAGAAACAUAAUGGCGACCGAACUGGAAGAGCUACUAGGCUUCCUCACUGCCCCUUCUCCUCCUGUGAAGAAGGCAGCAGUCGAUAUUGUGCGAGGAUUAACAGGGUCUGAGGAUGGCUUGCACUCGCUUUCCAACUAUGCCAGCUCCGUGCUUCCAUCGUUGUCUCGGCUUUUGGCUGACGACAAGGAAGUUUCAGAACCAGCUGCUGAAGCUCUCGUAAAUCUGUCCCAAAAUGCAGGAUUGGCCGCCAAGAUGGUUGAAAUGGGGAUGAUUAAAAUAGCCAUGGAUUUGUUGUAUAAACCAGGCUCUAGUAUUACUCGGCUGCUGGUUAUGCUCCUUGUUAAUAUAACACAGUUGAAUGAUGGUGUUUCGUCUUCGCUUCAGAUUGGAGAUGACAAGAUGCAAGGGCUUUAUGUAAUGAAGCUUGUAAGAUCAUUCUGUAGAUCAAGUGAAACCAGUGAUGACCCUUUUGAUCAUGUUGGUUCCAUACUUAUGAACAUCUCAAAGAAAGAAGAGGGGAGGAAAAUGUUAUUGGAUCCCAAGCGCAGCUUGUUAAAACAGAUUAUUAGACACUUUUUUUGCCAGCUUGUUCAUGGCAGCAGUGAGACUGAAGAAUCAUCAACAAACACAUCAAAAUAGCAAUUUACUUUGAAUGUUUAUUGAUUUCUGGAUUACCUGUUCAAUAUGUUUCUCUGUAGCCUUUAUAAAGGCUACUGGAUGUGCAAUCACAGCCUUCACAGGUCCCUUGUUUUAGCU